AUGAUAACGAAACUGGGCCCGAAUUAUAAUUCAAAUCAAGAACAAGGGCAACAUUUACAAAAUCAACAUCUAUUACAAUCUCCUAAUCCCAAUUCAAAUUCCCCAAUUUCAUCAAGAUCAAUUACAAGUCAACAUUCACCUACUUCUUCAAGUUAUUUACCUCCUCAACCACAAAAUUUGAAUCAUCAUAAUCAAGAGACACAACUACCCUCACAGUUUCCACAUCAUCCCAUACAAUCACAACCAAGUCUGAAUCCAAAUCAUAAUCCGAACUUAAUUCCCAAUUUACUUCCAAUACAAAAUAAUUACUCAAAUGGAUUUCAAAUUCCACAAGGUAAACCACAUUCAUAUUCAAAUAAUAACAUUUCAACUCCUAUGAAUAGUCACCACAAUGGUUAUUCAGCUCAAUCCCCAUAUUCCUCAGAUGACAAUUCAGGCUCGAAAUUUCAAUCUCAUCUGUAUCGUAUGGGUGGCGAUAAUAAUAGUAAUAAUGGAAAUAAUUCAAACUCAAAUUCCUCACAUGGUCUACAAUACGUACGACAAUUUUCCCAUUAUUUAAAUCCAAAUUUUGCAGUAAAUUUAAAUUUUACAAAAGAUCUAAAUUUAAUGACACAAAAUUGGACAGAUUAUGAAUUUAAAGAAUCCAGGAGAUUAGUUAAAUUCGAAUUAACAAACGAAAAUAAUAAUAAUUCUAAUAAUAAUGGUUCACAAUUAAUAAAUUUUUAUCCAAUAUCAUCAGUUGAUUACAAUAACGUAAAACCUAUUAUAUCAUGUAUUUAUUGGCAACAAAGGAAUAAAUUUAUUUGCACAUCGGUUGAGAUAAUUUUAUUAUUGGAAUAUUUAGUUCAUCAAAGUUUUGGUAUUGAAGAAAAAAAUCGUAUACGGAGAAAUUUACAAAGUUUAAAACCAACAACUGUUUCAAGGUCAAAUAAAGAUGAUCGUGAUUUUUUCAAUUUAAUUAUGAGUAUGGAAAAUCCAAGACCAAGAAAUAUAGAAAAAGAUUUAAAGGUCUUCAAUUGGAAGGAUUUAGAUAAAGCAAUUUCGAAAGUUAUGAGUAAAUAUUAUGUUGUUUCAGGUCAAAAUCAAUCAAAAAAUGUGGUUCAAGAGUCACCUCUAGUUAUUGCACAACCACCACCACCACAAGCUCAACAAAAUAUGAAUUGGCCACCAUCGGUGAAUUUACCACCACCUCCACAACCAAGUUCAAGUAUAUCAUCAUCACCAUAUACAUCAAGACAUAAUACUACUUUUUUACCACAUCCUCAAUUACACAAUCAUUCAGAAUCAUUACCUAUAUUACCACCUUUAAAUGGAAAUCAUUCAAAUCAUCAAGUUUCUCCACCAUUUAAUAAAACACUAAUUCGUUCAAAUGAUGAUAGGUCUACGCAAAGUUCUAUAAGUUCAAUUGGUAAACCAAAUGUCAAUCCACAACAAUCACAUUUGCACUAUACACCUUCAUAUUUCUUUCCAAGUAGUCAAGUUAGCAAUAUUUACAAUGGAGUUUACAAUGCAAGUAAUAAUGGUUAUUCAUCAGAUACAAGUCAUAACAAUUCAAGUCAUUAUUCUACUAGUUUCCCACUCCCCCCACCAAAAGCUCCGUUUCCUCAACAUCCUUUACCAUCAACAAAUUUAAAUAAUUUCACUUCAACUUCAUCAAAUAGUAAUUCAAAUUCAAAUUCAAAUUCAAAUUCAACUUCACCUCCAGAUAUUCAAACAGAAUUAACAUCAUCAAAUGAAACUGAUUUUAAAAAAAAUGAUCAUUUAUCAAAUUUAUCAGCAUCAUCAUUUAUGCAUAAUAUAAAUAGUUCAAAUUUCAAGAAACAUUUAAAUAAAAGUAAACAACGAUUUUUUGAUUCUCCAAAAACUUCAAAUUCAUUAAGCUCAAGUCCAUCUCCAGGUAAAUCUGAAGGAAACGAAAAUGGAAAAAAUUCAAAUGAUAAUAAAGUUAAAAAAUUACAUAAACAUUCAAAAUUACCACCACAACCUUCAAAAAAUAAUAAUGAUGAUACAAAUUCAGAAUCAACUACAAGUGAUGAAGCUGCUUCAUCUGCUUCAUCGGGUGAUUCAUCAUCAAGAAAUAAUGGGAAAGUAAAUGAUUUAGAACCUGAAUUAUUAAGUUCAAGAAAUUCAAAUAAUUCAUAUUUAUCAUUAAAUAGAGAUUCUGGUAGUAGUUCUUCAUUAAGUUCAAGAUCAAAUAGUUUAGCAAAUUACCAACCAACAAAAGUAAAUAAUAUACAUCGAAAUCAAAAACCAAAUUUAAAAGAUUUAGUUGAAACUUCACAAUCACCAGGUUCUGAAUAUGGAUUUGAUGAUGAAGUAGAUGAAGAUGAAUUAAUGGAGGAUGCUUAUGGUGAUGUUGAUGGUGAUUCAUUAGAUAAUAAAAAUAAAGAACAACAACAGGCAAAAUUUACAAAAUCAAUUCCACAACCAAAAUUGCCUCCAAUUUCACAGUUAUUACGACCAAAUUUUCAAAUUUCUGAUUCUCAAUUACCUCCAUUAAGUGAUACUAACGUACCUAAGGAUAAAAUACCAUCAAUUCGAAAAGUUGAAAAAUGGAAAGAAUUUUGA